GGUGCGCAGAGAGAGAGAGAAGCGAUAAAAGCAAACGACGAGCCACGCAUUGAACGUGGGCCCAUUACGUGCUCCUUGUGUCUCUUAUUCUUUCUCGAGAAUUCUCCACCAAAUUAGUUGAUCGAAGGAAAGCCGGUUUGUUUAUGUGUCACGGCUGACUCUGUUUGAUCAAUCCGUGUCAUCACCGCUGUGAGCGAGGGGCUUCGGUGAUCUCUCUCUCUCUCUCGCUCCCUCUACGAGCCCAGCCAUGGCUCCCAAUUCCACUGGAAGUGCAAGUGUUUCCGGACAAGAGAAUGGUUUUGUUGAUUCAAUUUCGGUCUUGAACCAUGAGAAGGCAGUGGAGGAAAUUAUUCAGCAGCCAUUUAUUCAGGGAAGUGAGGAUCAUCUUAUAGAGUUCUCUGAAGCGAUGAGGACUGUUGCAAAGGCAUUAAGGCGAGCUGCUGAAGGGAAGGCUUAUGCUCAAGCUGAGGCAGCUGAGUGGAAAAGAAAAUAUGAACUUGAGAGAGAAAGGAAUCUUCUGUUGGAGCAUAAAGCGAUCUCAUCCAGAGUACCUAAUGGUGAUCGUUAUGGUGAGAUGAAAGACAACUUGGCAGGCCAACCUGUGCUGUUGAAUCAAGCUAGUGAGGAACCUGAGAGGUGCUGUGGAAACCAUGGAAUUUGCUCCUACGAGGUUCUUAAGGAUGGAGAACCUAAUUUUGAUUGUGAUUCUAAUAUGGUUAGAAUGAUGAAAAAGGCAUUAUUUAAGUUAUCAUGGUGUUGCAAAGGUGAGAAUGAUGAUCAACAAAAACAUGAGGUUGUCUCUUUCGAGAGGGGGAAUAUAACCACUGCAGAGCGCAGCAGCAAGCAGAUCUCUUUGAAGUGGGAAACUCCGCCACGCACUGUGCUUAUUAUGACUAAACCAAAUUCAACAUCUGUUCAAGUUCUAUGUGCAGAAAUGGUCAAGUGGUUGAAAGAGCAGAAAGAUUUGAACAUUUUUGUGGAACCACGAGUAAGAGAAGAACUUCUAACAGAGUCAUCCUACUACAAUUUUGUACAAACCUGGCAAGAUGAGAAGGAAAUUCUGCACCUGCACAUGAAAGUUGACCUUGUUGUAACUCUUGGUGGGGAUGGAACUGUCCUUUGGGCAGCAUCAAUGUUCAAAGGGCCAGUUCCUCCAGUUGUCCCAUUCUCUUUAGGUUCUCUUGGCUUCAUGACUCCAUUCCAUAGUGAACAUUACAAAGAAUGUCUCGAUUCAGUCCUUCAGGGUCCAGUUAGUAUCACAUUACGCCAUCGGUUGCAGUGCUAUGUUAUCCGUGAUGCUGCUAAAAAUGAAUAUGAGACUGAAGAACCUAUACUUGUUCUGAAUGAGGUCACAAUUGACCGUGGAAUUUCAUCAUUUCUUACAAAUUUAGAGUGCUAUUGUGACAACUCCUUUGUCACCUGCGUUCAAGGGGACGGUUUGAUCUUGUCAACAACAUCUGGGAGCACUGCAUAUUCCUUGGCAGCUGGAGGAUCAAUGGUCCAUCCUCAGAUUGACUUGAGAGGGGAUAUAUCUGGGUUUCUAUCAUGCCAUCCACAAGUGCCAUUGCUGUCACUCCACCAUUUCGACUAUGUCGAUCCCAUCUUCCCCUCCAUGGACCAAAUCCAAUCCACCAGACACCUCAUGGAGGCAGGAAAAGUUGAUCAGUCUCGGUUGCUGCAACAGAGCAUCUGCUACCACAAGCCAAAAAACUGGUCGUUUUCUGUGUCAUGGGGUUAUUCCGUGCAUGUUCUUGAGACGAUUUACCCUCGAACUAUUCUGAAGAGGCCACUCGAGACAUUCCACGCUUGGAUGGGCAACAAAGCCAAGCCACCGAUGUUCAUGUUUAACACGAGGUGGCCUUGUGAAACUCCCAAUGUUUUCUCCUUUGAGUCUGCUGGAAAGGCUUCUGAUGGGAGAAUUCUCAGUACCUACUUCCGUUCGUCACCGCCACCCUACCCAGAUUGCCCUUUUGCUGGCAAUCAUCUUGGAGAUGAGCUCUCUGUAAUUCGGGUCUUUUCUUCGCCAACAAAGUUCAUGCAUCAGGCUGGGAGGAGUGAGUGCUGUGAUGUUGCAUAUGUGGAAGGCAAGAAGACUGUAGAUAUCCAGUUAAGGGCGUGCGGGGAUGAUGAGAUAAUUGGCUAAAUAAAAUGUAUAGUUCUUACAUAUAUAAUCAUCGUAUGUUUUAUUACUUAAGAACGAGAUUGGUUCAUUAAUUGAUUCCUAUUUUCAAGACAGGCAAUG